CGUGUGAUGGCCUCGCUCCCUGUUUUUAGUGCCGAAAGCAUGGGUGAUUCACCCAGUACAACACGUAAUAACAGAAGUGCUCUUUCGUAUGGUGAAAUUAUGAAAUUAUUAAAUUUUCCAAAUGAUGUAGACUGGCGGAAGACCCUACUGUUUGUCGUCGAUCCAGGAAACGGUCCUUACAACAUUGAAGACUUUGUACCUGAACUGAAGGAAAUUAUCGACUUAAAGGAUAUCAUUCACUUUGGAGCCUCUGUAGUGACUCAUGUUUUUACGAUCGGGGUCAAGAAUGAAGCUGCCGUGGAAAAUCUUUUAAAUAAAGGAACGAUAAAUGUAAAAGGUAAGCCCUGUAAUAUCAUAAGUAUAGAAAACCGGAAAAUAAUAGCCACCAUACACUGGCUCCCUCCCGAACUAUCCCACGAACUUGUGACGAAACAUUUUAUAAAUUACGGGAGAAUAGUAAAAUGUGAAUACGUUAAAUGCAACGUCGAGGGAUUAGAGCAUAUCCUUACAAACAAACGACGGAUAUGGAUCGAACUAAAAAAGGAUGUGAACUUAGAAUCACUACCAUACUUUAUUAAAGUCAAAGGUAUGUCGGGAGCGGUCGUAAUAGCCGGCCGUCCCCCGUUAUGUUACCGAUGUAAAAAUAAGGGCCACCUACGGAGGCAGUGUACCACGCCGAAAUGUAAAAAAUGCAACAAAUUCGGCCACAACGACGAUCAAUGUUUGGGAGUCACUUUCGCUUCCAAGUUACAAAGUAAAACGGACUGGGCAGAAAUUAUGGACGAUUUUGACAAAGAAGGUUCUGGAAGUAUCCAGAACAAAGGAAAUAGCUCAACUACUGCCGCAGGCAUUAACGAACUUCAGAUACCUUUAAACAAAGAGGUAAAUGAAGCAGAAGUAAGCGCUGCCCAGAACCAGACAACAACAGGUAUUGAAAAAGAUGAAACAACAAACCCCCCCACUGAUCCUUACAAUAAUGAAAAUUCCCCACCGCUCCUAACAGCUAAACGGAGGAAAAAAACAAAAUUCCUUCCCAAUAUUAAUAUUCCUAGAAGUAUGAUACAGGCAAAAGACCAAGAAAAUGACAUACUCACCUUACAAAAUAAAUUCGACUGCCUUAUGGAAACGAACGAAAUGGAAACAACCUUAGAGAACGAUAAAUUAGAAGAUAACAGUAAUGAUAAGAACACAAAAGAACAGAGUAUCAAAACAAACGAGCCGGAAGUCAUGAUAAUCCCGCCAGAAUGAAUAAGCUAAAAAUUCUCUCAAUAAACAUCAACGGUCUAAACAACAAAAAUAAACAACAAAUCUUUAUUCACAAACUUCUUACUAGUAAAAUUGACGUUGCACUAAUUCAGGAAUCAAUGCUUAGUGAAAAUGAAAAUUUUCAUCAAUUUGCCCGUAACAUAAACAAGUUUUAUCAAGGUGUCUGGUCCCAUGGUAACAGAGGUAACGCAGGAACGGCGAUUCUAGUUAAACAUGGCAUUAAUAUCGUAUACCAGGCACACGACGACCACGGACGGUUAGCUCUCUGCGAUAUAGAAUUUUCACAUGAAAUACAGAGAAUCAUUUCAGUUUACUGCCCAUCAGGAGAUCCGAAAGCAAGACGUGACUUUAUCAAUAUCCUUGAUUUUUAUCUGGAUUCCACUAACGAAGUCGUAUUAGGCGGUGAC